AAAUCACACACUUGUCCAUCCUAAACAGAGAAGGUAAAGGAUCCUAAAAAACCAAGUGAAGAACUUGAGGAUCUUCCCUUUCGAACCAGAAAGGAGAAUUGGCACGCUCCAAUCUCCAUCUCCAUGGACUUGUAACCUCGGAAUUGCAGAGUUUGACAGAAACUGCUUCUUCUUUCUACUGAAACCAUGAAACCUCUCAGAAAAUCACUUCCCCACCGCCUUCUCCUUAGAUCCAACCCCAGCAUUUCAUCCCUCCGACCCCUUUCUCCACAUUCCACGACUAAUGAGCUUGCCGAAUCCUCCUUGUUCAAUUCAUUCAAACAACAGCAUCCCACAUCCAGUUUAGCAUUUCUUUAUCCCAAUUCGUCCAGAGUCAUUGAGACCAAAUCAUUUUCUAUGUGCAAUGGAGCCAGGGAUCCCCUCUGUGCUAAUUCGUGGAAAAAUUUGAAACCCAUUUUCUUUUCCUCGUUUUCUAAUUCUCAAAAUGGGCGUUUGUUAAAUUCAAGUACAGUUUCAACGACGAAGGCUCGCUCUCUCAAUGAAUCCAUCAUGAGUACCCACUUGUCUAAGCUAUCAACAGAAUCAAAACUUCCAUUCAAAAUCUCAUUCCGUGAUCGAAUCCCAUGUUUUUUCAUGCAAACGAGAUAUUUUUCAAGUGAAAAUUCGGCCCCAAAAAAUGGAAUGCCAAUUAGUUCACCACUUGAGAGCUCAGUUCCAAUCGAUGCAGGCUCUUCGAUUCGAAAACCUAUCACUUUAUGGCCUGGAAUGUAUCAUUCUCCUGUAACAAACGCUUUAUGGGAAGCAAGAUCAAGCAUAUUUGAGAAGGCUGCCGAUUCACUUGAUGGCACUUCGCAGGGUGAAUUGGCAACAAAAACUCCAUCUAAGAGCAGGACUAGUAUUCUCUAUAACUUUUCUUCUGAUUUUGUACUCAGGGAGCAGUAUAGGAACCCAUGGAAUGAGGUCAGGAUGGGGAAGUUGGUUGAAGAUCUCGAUGCUCUUGCUGGAACCAUUUCCUACAAGCACUGCAGCAAUGAGGAUGGCAUGACAAGGCCUCUUUUAUUGGUCACUGCUUCUGUUGACAGGAUGGUUCUGAAAAAACCAAUACGUGUUGAUGCUGAUCUGAAAAUAGUUGGUGCUGUUACAUGGGUUGGGCGGUCAUCCAUGGAGAUUCAGUUGGAGGUGAUUCAAUCAACUGAAGGGAGCUCCAAUCCUUCAGAUGCACUUGCUCUUACGGCAAAUUUCACAUUUGUGGCUCGUGACUCAAAUACAGGAAAAUCAGCUCCAGUUAACCAGAUAUCACCAGAAACUGAACAAGAAAAAUUGCUUUGGGAAGAAGCAGAAGAAAGAAAUAAAGCAAGGAAAAAGAAGAGAAUAGAAAGUAAAAAAGAUACUGAAAAUAAAGACAUGGAAAGGCUCAAUGCACUGCUAGCUGAAGGAAGGGUCUUCUGCGACUUGCCAGCAUUGGCAGACAGAGAUAGCAUUCUUUUACAGGAUACUCGCCACCAGAACUCUUUGAUAUGUCAACCACAGCAACGGAACAUUCAUGGCCGCAUCUUUGGGGGAUUUUUGAUGCGCAAAGCUUUUGAGCUGGCCUUUUCGAAUGCUUAUGCAUUUGCUGGUGCAGCACCACGCUUUGUUGAAGUUGAUCAUGUUGAUUUCUUUAUACCAGUGGAUGUUGGAAAUUUUCUUCGCUACAAGUCUUGCAUUUUGUACACUGAACUUGAGGACCCGGCUAAACCUAUGAUAAAUGUGGAAGUUGUAGCUCAUGUUACAAGGCCUGAGCUAAGAUCCAGUGAGGUAUCUAACAAGUUCUAUUUCACAUUUACUGUCCGUCCUGAAGACAUUAGAGCUGGAUUAAAGAUCCGGAAUGUUGUUCCAGCUACAGAAGAAGAAGCUCGUCGAGUACUUGAACGUAUGGAUGCUGAGAACUCCCAGAUCACAAAAUCAUGAAACUGCAUCCAUCCUCACCCAGUUGCUUCAACACUUGAAGUGCAAAUGACAUGUUUAGCUCUUGGGUUAAAAUAAAAGCACUUUUCAAUCAUGUUUCUCCUGUAAAACCAUGCUUAAUUUUUUAAUAAAAAUAAAAUUGACCACCUA